AUGAGGAAGCCAUGCUGUGAUAAGCAAGACACAAAUAAAGAGGAAUGGUCUAAGCAAGAAGACGAGAAGCUCAUAAAUCACAUUCGUAUUCAUGGUGAAGGUUGCUGGCGUACUCUUCCUCAAGCUGCAGGGCUCCUUCGGUGUGGGAAAAGCUUCAGGCUGAGAUGGAGAAAUUAUGUGAGGCCUGACCUUAAAACAGGAAACUUUACUGAGGAUGAAGAGGAUCUCAUUAACAAGCUUCAUGCACUCUUAGGCAAUCCGUGGUCGUUGAUAGCCGGAAGAUUGCCCGGAAUAGCCGAUGAUGAGGUGAAGAACUAUUGGAACUCUCAUUUAAGAAGGAAGCUUAUAAAUAUGGUUCCGGUUACCGGUGAUACCAAUAUUCGUCCGCCAUCGAAAUCGCAACGUGACAACGAUCAAGUUUCCGAAGCCACGAGUUGCUUGGACGAUGAGCCAUGCCGUAACCGGCCCCCUGAUUUGAACCUGGAGGCUGGAUCUCACCAUCAGUGUUUAAGCUGCAACCGCUGA